GUUUUUGUGCGAAUGACUCGUCGGUGUUCGCAUUGUAGCAACAAUGGACACAACUCACGCACGUGUCCAACGCGUGGCACGUGCGGUGGUGGUGGUGGAGGUGGAGGAGGAGGGUCUUGUUCCUCCUCGGCGGUGAAGCUGUUUGGUGUGAGGUUAACGGAUGGUUCGAUUAUUAAAAAGAGUGCGAGUAUGGGUAAUCUAUCUGCAUUGGCUGUUGCUGCGGCUGUUGCGACUACGCACCACCGUUUAUCUCCGUCGUCUCCGUUAGCGACGUCUAAUCAUAACGAGUCACCGUUAUCGGAUCAUGCCCGAUACUCUGGUUUGCAUCAUAAUGAAGGGUACUUAUCUGAUGAUCCUGCUCAUGGUUCUGGUUCUAGUCACCGUCGUGGAGAGAGGAAGCGAGGUAUUCCUUGGACUGAGGAAGAACACAGGCUAUUCUUAGUAGGUCUUCAGAAACUUGGGAAAGGAGAUUGGCGUGGUAUUUCAAGAAACUAUGUAACUUCAAGAACUCCUACACAAGUGGCUAGUCAUGCUCAAAAGUAUUUCAUUCGCCAUACAAGUUCCAGCCGCAGGAAAAGACGGUCUAGCCUCUUUGACAUGGUUACUGAUGAAAUGGUAACGGAUUCAUCGCCAACACAAGAAGACCAAACCGUAAACCGUUCUUCUCCAAGCAAGGAGCUUGAGAACAAAAGUUACCUUCCUUCACUAGAGCUCUCACUCAAUAAUACCACGGAACCUGAAGCGGUCAUAGCCAAGGCGCCACCACAGGAACAGCCUGAAGAAGCUAUUGAACCAUCGAACGGGGUUUCACCAAUGCUAGUCCCGGGAGGUUUCUUUCCUCCUUGUUUUCCAGUCACUUACACGAUUUGGCUCCCUGCGACUUCCACAUCACUUCAGGGAACAGAACAUGUUUUAGAAGCUGAGACUUCUUCUCAG